GACACUGAGAGCUCAGCACACAUUGGGAUGGAGACUCAGUCCAGGUCUAUGAAGUUCUUGCUGUUGCACGUGUGGUGUGGCCUCCUCACCGUGGCCAUAGUGGUUAUGUCCGCAUUUCUCACUUCAGUCAAACCAAAGCCAAGUGAGGCUGAUGUCUCUACAGUGAAGUCAACAGUCAGUCCAACAGCUAACACUGGUGUGAUGCUCCAGAAUUUUCAACGCUCAUCACUCUCAUACAUCCAGCUAGAACUAUUAGACACCCAGGCCGGCGGAAUCUGGGAAAACGAAAUCAGCUGUGACUCCUGCUCCCUCGUCCUACGAAACAACUCCAUCUACUGCUCCGAGGACGGUUACUACUUCAUCUACGCCCAGGUUACUUUCAACCUGAAGACCCCCCGACAGGACAGCAACCCUCUGUCUGUGAUUAUAGAAAGGCAGGCCUCAAUGAUUUUCAAGGGGAAAAAAUCAAAGAAUUUAGUAGAGGGGACCUUCCCGAAAAACAUGGAUUCUGACCGUGCGUCUGUGUGGGUGGGCAAGAUCGUCCGGCUCCAGAAAACAGACAGCGUCAGGCUAAUUUUUAAAGGUGACCCCAUAAAACUGAAUACUUUCUGGGGUGCAUACCAGCUCCGUUAGGAUUAUGUUGGGGGGUUUUUUGUCAGCAUAGUUUGGGGUUUUCAAGUUUUCUACAAAUAUCUAUGUUUGAUGCAACAAAUCUUGAACAAAACAUCCUCAAGAAUUUGCAGACAUAUGUCUAAUUGCUGAGUGUUUGCAGAGUUCUAAAGCCCUUUAUUAAUGAACACUAAAAAGAAGAGGGAUCCAAAAAGUAGAGUACGAUGGGUUGAACUGCAAGUUUUACUGGCUGACACUGUUACAAAUGUUGACUAAAUGGUCAUAUUUCCACAUUCUGUGAACACUGGACUUGAUACACAGUGAAAUACAAGUCAAUUCGUUACAGAAAAUAUGUUUUUGUUUUUAGUAUCUCAGCAGAUUGUUAUUCGAAAUUGUGUAGUUUGGUGAUGGUGUGAAUUUUUUAAGCUUACUGUGUUUUAAAGUGAUUGAAAACUGUGAGAAAGAAACUGUUUAAUGUCUGUAUUUUAUUUUAUUAACUGCUUUUUGCCUAAUUUAUAU